AUUCCCCACUCCCCUCCCCCUUGCGGCUGUGACAGCGAUUGCUUCCGUUUCCGGUUCGCUCCGGUGGCGGGUAGUUGGAGAACUGUCGUCAUGGAGUUGCUCGGAGAGUUUGUAGGACGGGACGGGCAGCAGCAGCGGAUCCAGAUAACUUGCGAGGGGCCGAGUGAGUCUAGUCGCUUCCAGGGACUGCUUUCUGGAUUGGCGCAGAUGAGGGAGCGGGUGACCGAGCUCCUUAGUACCGUGGAAGGAAAGGAUGAGCAGGACCCGUCAGCGACCGGAGGCUCCACCUCAGUCUCGGAGGGUGAAGACGAUGAAGCUGAAGAUGAAGAAAGUAACACUCAUAACAAAAUGUAUUCAUCUGGACCACCUGCAAAACGGAUAAAACCCAUACAUUUUGACAGUAAUCUUGAAUGUAGUUGUGAAGCAAAAAACUUUGGCUAAAUCUUGAUUAAAAAUAUUUGAUAUAUGUUGACAUCUUGCAAAAUUUGUGUGUUAGUAAAAAUGCAUCUGUUUUUACCUUCUUGGCUACUCUGUCAAAGGAAAAUGUUUCUUCUGUAUGUUGUCAACAAAAAAAAUGACCAUUGUUUGGAAAUAAAAACAGUCCUCAUGGGUGAGGAUAUUAUUCAGUCAGCAAGCAUUUAAAGUUCUUGCCCUCAAGGAGUUUACAUCUUUCAAGGAGAUAUAAUAUGGACUCCUGUAUAGAAGUACAAGAUGUUGCUGCAUGUGGCAUUAGAAGGAACUUCAGAGACUAUCUGAGCGCACUUCUUCAUUUUACAGAUCCUCAGAUCCUCAGAAGAAUUAAGAGACUGACUUGGCCCGGUCAUACCGAUAGGGUUUGAAUCCAGCUCAGGUUCCAGAACCAUUUCUUACCAUUGUAACACAUUGCUUCCAUAUAUAAAUAUACACAAAAGAAUUUUGAGUGGAAGAAGAGUAUACUAACAACUGGGCCUCUUGAAGGAGGUAGCCCUUAAGAUGUACCUUAAAGGUGAGCUAAACGGCAAGAGUGGGAGCUGAGAAAGAAGAUGACAUAUGUAUAAGGAAGAAAAAGACCAGUUUAGCUAGAAUACUGGAUACAAGAGGGGAUAGUCAAAUGAUCUGCUAUCAAAGUUAGGAUGGAUCUGUAUUGUAACUUUUAAAUUAAAAAAAAAAAUUGACAGUAUGUCUCACAUGGUCUUUAAAAUCAUCUCAAAUAGCAAUUUAGCAUUUUUUUCUUUCUAAAAUAAGUUAAAUUUGAACUCUUAUUUCAUAUAUAACAUAUAAUAAAUGUUAUAAUCAGUCCCUACCCUAAUGUGGUUAAAUAUUUGGGGCCCUGUAAUGUUUUUGCCUAUGUAUUUGUGUGGAACCAAUUAAUGAUGUUAGGGAGGGUAUCUUCUAGUUGUUGCUUUAGCUAUAUAUAAAAAAAACAUGUUAUAUCAUGCUUUGUGAGUGGUCACAUUGCAAAGAGCUGAGGUCCAAAUUUCACACUUGACUACUAAAUAUAGGAAUGACAGGAUUUUAGGAGUUCUCUCUUCUAAAUUGAGAGCAUGACGAAAAGGGGAAACCUUUGGAUGACAAUCCAAGAAAAUCUGUUCUCCUUAUUGAUUUACAUCUUGUGAUUAAAUACUUCUAUUGCUUUUAGGAUUUUUAGAGGGGAUAGCUCUUCUACCAUUAUUUCUCAGUUGCCAGAGAUAUAAACUUUAAUUUAUAAGCAUUUGAAUUGUGGAUUUUGCAAGAUCUCAUUUGUUAAGGUCAAGCCAGCACUAUAUUUGUAAAAACCUGCUGGGCUAUAUUUCUGUGCCAGAAAUUUAUAAAUUAAACAUAAAUGAGGUUUUUAGAAUAUAUGGGAAUGAACUGUUUUCAUUUUGUCUUUGAAUGUGAUAAGCACAAUUAAGAAACACUAUAUUAUACUUUUUUAAGUUGUCAGUUCCAUGUUUAAUAUAAUUAAAUAAUUUAAUAUUAGGGAUUGAAUAUAGUCUCUUAACAAAUCUUUGUGAAAUGAGUAAUUUGUCCAUCAUGUGUUAGAGUAAAGGGAAUUCCCUACUAUUUUCCUUUUAGGUUUGGUUAUGGCAGUUAUACAAAUUAAUGUGAAGUAUAUAUGGAAAAUGAAAUUUUAAAAAUUAUAGGAUUUUAAAGUUUAAUGAUUAAACAAGAUGACCAUCUGCCUUUAUUUUACAUGUCAGUAAACAAAUCAUUGUCUUGGUCAAGGUCACCAACACAAGGAAAUAAAUGUCUUUUUUUCCGGGUUUUUUUUUUUUUUUUUCCCAGUUCUAUUUACGGAUUGAGAUAUGGAAUAUUAUUGGGCAGUCUAGGUGGGAGUGGUAGAGAAACCGAAUAAUGUAAACUACUAUACCUGUUGUUUUUCUAAUUAGGAAAUGUGAGUAGCAUGGUGAAUUAACAUGUUCUGAAAUCUAUACCCAAAGAAUAGAUAAAGCUGCUGGAAUCACAUACCUUUCUUAAGUCACUUCAGGUUUAUUUGCUUUGGCACUUUUACCUCUUGCUAAGUGCUCUUAUAUAAUAAUCAAAAUAAUAAUACCAAUUAUUAAAAGCCCUUUUAAAUGGUACAGAAUAAUUUUUAAAAAAAAAAUGGUUAGACUUACUUUAAAAGAAUGGAAAGGAAACCUAAUGUCAAAACAUAAUGAAACAUUUUUCAUUGAUAGUAAUCUUUUAAUCUAAAAAAGGAUGUCCUCAUUCUCAUAGAAUUUAAAUAUAUAUCAUUUCAUUAUAUUUAAAGUUGAAUAUGCCAAUUAAUUUCUCCAAAUUACAGUAUUAUGGCUUUGUCUAGUAUGUUUAAAGUGUGUGUUUUAAAGGCUACAUCUCAAUAAAGGUAAUGUAUAUAUUUGUGCA